AUGUUGCUCCCUAUACAGCACAUGCAUGCACAAAGGGAGCAGAUGCUGCUGAGCUGCAGCAAACAUUAUUGGAUAUAUGUUAAUAAGGAGAAGCAAACCCUCCUAUCUAAUGCAGAUAUAGGAUUGAGUCCUGUACAACGAGCUAUCCGUCGGCUGCAACUCGAUUGCGUUCCUGAUACUCUUCCUUGCAGAACAGCAGAGUUUCAGAAGAUUCGUCAGACAAUUCUUACGAGUAUAAAACAAGAGAAUGGAGGAGAAUUACUUUCUGAGCCUAGAAUAUCUAUCAGGAAGACAUAA